AUAAACCUAGAUUACCACGAAAGCUAAACCAAGUGAAAUCCUUUGGUAAAAAGGAAACCUAUAAUGACAAUCCUAACACAAUCCCAAUUCUAUCUUAGGAAAGUGAAGUGAUAUACCUAAAUUAUCUCAACAGAUCGAUAUCAAUCGUUCAAAGGAUUGAUCCGACCCAGAUCCAUGUCUACCCAUUAUAUAUUUCUUCCCCACCUUUCUCAUUGCUCUAUUUUCACUUGCACUUGAUUCCCGUCUCCUCUGUUAAAGCAGCUUCUGAGAUUGAUUAAUAAUUACAAUUUACAAUUAUAAUUGUAAUUGUUAUCAUAAUAAUGGGUAGCAACAUGGUCCCUUGCUCUCGCUUGAGAAAACGAAGUAAGACCGCGAAGAGGUCAGAAUUGGUUGUUUCGAAACAAAGCAAGGUACUGAAAGUGAAAGAGGAGUCCGGGAUUGAUUUUGAAUUUGAGUUAUUUAGCUGCAUCAUGACAGACCAAUUGCUGACUGAAAUCCUAAUAUGUCUUCCCGAUGAUUCUGUGUGUCGAUUCAAGUUGGUGAGCAAGUGGUGGUUCUCUUUACUCUCUAGUCGUUACUUUGUUAGUCGUUUUAUCAACCAUGAUCGCCAUUGUCGCUUUACCCUAGUGUUCCAAUAUUCCAUGUAUGGUGAUGGAUUUUGGGACACAUUGUAUCCAGUCGGAGCCAUUUCUAACCACCCUGUGUUAUCUAAAUCUUUGAAAAACCAACCACUUGACCUGAAUUUCGUCCCGUUAUUCAGGAAUAAGCCUGAGGAGAUACGUGUUGUGGCUUCAUGCCAUGACCUGCUACUUUGCUCUCACAUUGGUUUGUAUUAUGUGGUCAACUUGCUUACGAGGUGUUGGAUAGAAGUUCCCCCUCCUCCUACCCACAACCAGGACCUUGGACCAACUCUUUUAGAACUAUGUACUUCUCCAAAAGCUGGACUUUUUUGUUCCCAUGAUCAGAGGGAUAUUAGUAAUGGAGAUGGCUUGUGUAGAUUCAAGGUGAUUGUACUUCCUGCUGUCCGUAGCGAUCUCAUUUUAAACCCUUAUCCAAACUUUAACAUUCCCCCUCAACUUUAUGCCUCUCAAUUUAGUGUUCAAAUCUUCUCUUCCGAGUCGAGACAGUGGGUGGACAUCUCAGUUGAUUGGUACCCCUUGUCAUUGAAUGCUUAUUUGAACUUUACCCCUAUUCUAUUUCAUGAGAAUAUGUUACAUUGGCUAAAUGGACGCUCUCUUGUUUCUCUUGAUGCACAUAUAAACCUCAGCCAUUCAGUUGACCUACCCAAGGAAUUAUCCCUUGAGCAUCCCUGUGUCUUUGGAGUGUGCCAAGGUCAGUUUCGGGUGGCUCGCCUCAUUUAUGAGGAGACUGAUGGCCAUGUCCUGCUUGUUUGGGAUUUGGUGGACUAUCACAAGGGGGUGUGGCAGUUGGCACACAGGGUGCUGCUUCAUCAGGCAUCUCUUAAAAAGUACAAUUAUAACUUCAGGCUCAUGGCUUUUCAUCCCUACGACGGGGACAGAGUAUAUGUGAACAUACGUAAUGACGUCUUUCAAUUCAACCUGAGGACAGGGAUACUUGAGAGUUACUAUAGACUGAAUCUUAACCGUCGUUUUCACACUUUUGAAACACCACUUCCACUGCUCUUGCACCACCGAGGGCUCCCAACAGCAUUACCUCCAUAAGCAUGAACAUGUUUUUUAUCCACAACUUCUGUGUAAGGAGUCACAACACUUGCAAGUGUUUAUUGAGUAAAAUUUGUCGAAAUUCAGGCAGUUAUUUCUGAGUUUUCAUUGUGGUUCUCCCUCUAAUAUUUAUAGGUCGUUACACCAAUCUAUUAUAUAUACUAAAAUAGACACCAGAAAUGACACGUGUCAUUUCCUGGUGAAAUAGAGCCUAGUUGACUUAUUUAUGUAUCCACCAGGCACCAGCAUGUGACCACACAGUGAUGUGUCUGGCGGCAUUCUCUAUUUGUUAAUUCCGAUAAUUAUAUAUUUAUACUAUUACGAACAUAAUCCAUUUUUUUUUGUUUUGUUGUUAAUGCCUUACUUCAUUCUUCCGCUUAGAAAAUACCUUUACUAUAUACUUUUUUUAACUACUUUAACAAAUGGACCGAUUGCAUUGAAUAUCAUUUUGGUUCAUGAGCAAAACAAUAAACAGAAAAAUUACCUUGGGUGUACCAUGCUUGUUGUACACCCAGGUGUAAUGUGCAGUCGAUUAAGCAUAGUUUGUUUGCCUUUUAGUGAACAUCCAUUGUGUUCUCUUUAGCAUAUAUUUUGAAAUUUUAAUGGGUACAUGUGCUUCCCUCUAUAUUUUUAGCUGUCUUGCUUGAAGUAGGACGAUCGUAGUUCUGGUUGUCUAUUAUGAGGUCAUGCUCAGUCCCAUCUUCUUGUUAAUUGUAAUACAAAGUAUCAUAUCAAUUUCUUAUUAAUCUUGGAUGUAGAGUAGAUAGGUUGUCAAGAAGGGAGUAGAAAUUUUGGCUAUCUGUGCAAUUAUAAUUUUACCUUUCAAUGUCUUUGAGACACUUUCUUCCACCUAAAUUUUCUCAUAUUCUCUGCAAUUAUAGCUUUUGCAUCUGAUUCUAUAGUGAAUUGCUUGUGUAGUUGGUUUUGAUUGAUUAACUCUUGAUUAAAUUCUUGUUUUUAAGUUUGUUUCUGAGUUUGUUGAAAAUCCUGAUUCUUUAAAUCAUGAGUGAAUGGCAUCUUGUUAGGAAGUUUGGUGUUUUUGUUGCAUUGUUACUUUUGGUUCUCUUGUUGGUUUCGAGGUAGUGUUGCAGGUUUUUUCUCUUCUUAGCUUGGUCUGUAGACUAGACAAGUAACCUAACAAACCUAUGACUUGGAAUGUUGGCUGUUAUUGAUGAACCGAACAAACCUAUGACUUGGAAUGUUGGCUGUUAUUGAUGAACUCCGGUUAGUUUGUUUUUCAUUAGUACUACCAUAAAUACGAAUUGUGGUACUAACUCCAAUAUUAGUGGUAUAUGCUUACAAAUACAUUUGUCCAUUUCCGAUAGAGUCAGAAAUUCAUUUGUUCUUUUGGCUGUGGGAUGUAAUGGACUAAAUCAAAAUGACUCUUAAAACCCCAUGAAAUAGAAGAUGGUCGUCCCGUUAUCGCUUUUGGGGUCAAUUGGAAACAACCUCUGUUCUUUUGGCUGUGGGAUGUAAUGGACUAAAUCAAAAUGACUCUUAAAACCCCAUGAAUUAGAAGAUGGUCGUCCCGUUAUCGCUUUUGGGGUCAAUUGGAAACAACCUCUCUGCAAUUGCAGGGGUAAGGUUGCCUACGUCCGACCCCCCCUUACCCCGCUUCUUGCGGGAGCCUCUUUGAGGCCAUGGGGUAAUGAUAAUGAUGAUGCUUACAAAUACACUAAGUUCAGGAAACAAAUUGGAUAAUUGAGUUAAAUGCCCGAGGUUGAGGUGGUGGAGUAGUGGCUUCCCACCUCAUGUCCUUGAGGUCUAGGGAUCAAACCUCUUGGGACUCAUUUGAGGAUUUCCCCUUAUCCCCUCAAGUGAGUCCCCUUCAUCUUACCUUUAAAAAAAAAAUUGAGUUAAAUGCCCAAUUAGUUACAUAUAUUGUAGGUCAUGUCAUUCAUAUUGAGUAGAUCAUGGCUUUACUUUAACCUUUCUUAUUUAAUUUCUGAGUUCUGUAGCCAUGAUCUGUCCUAGUUUCUUUAUAAUAUGUCUUUUAGGCUAUCUUUGUGUCAUAAUCCCAGACAAUAAACCUGUCCCUAUGAGAGUGAAGCUGGUUCCGCUAACUUCUUAGCAUUUACAUGUGUUCACCGGACUAUUGUUCUGCUAACUUCUUGUUUUACUCUAGAUGCUGUUUAUACUAUGCUGGAAGAAUUCAUCUCUACGAGGCUGUACUCAUCAGGUAUCUUUAUGUCAUAUAACCCCUGCACAAAACUUGUAUGAUUCGAUUAGCUGUACAUAGAUAGUUCAGUAAGUUAACCAAAAAUUAACCUUUCUUAUUUCAUUUCUGAAUUCUGUAGCCAUGAUCUGUCCUAGUUUUUUUUGUUAUAUGUCUUUUAGGCUAUCUUUGUAUCAUAAUCCCAGAUAAUAAACCUGUCCCUAUGAGAGUGAAGCAGGUUCCCCUAACUUCUUAGCAUUUACAUGUGUUCACCGGACUUUUGUUCUGCUGACUUCUUGUUUUACUCUAGAUGCUGUUUAUACUAUGCUGGAGGAAUUCAUCUCUAUGAGGCUGUACUCAUCAGAACAUAGUAUGGCGUGGUCUUGGAUAUAGUUGCACGGCGAAUAUGGUGCCCGGUACUGCUACAUCUAGCCCACAUUCUGGACACGCUUUUGCUAUUUUCAAAACUCCAGAAGCUGCAAAGAAAAUCAUUGGAAAGCUGGCUUUGGGGUGUUUAAUGCUCCCUAAUGGAAGAUUAGCAGAACCAGGAAUCAUUUUUGAUAAAAAAGAAAUUUUCAAGCUCGAAUGUUCGAGAGAAAACGCACCAUCUAAGGCUUGUAUAGCUUAUUAGACAUAACUGGAAAUGGAUUGGGGGUGUGUUUGGAAGCUCAGAACCAACAAGUGAGUGCCUGAAAGAUCUCGAAACCAGAAAGUCUAAUCUAGACAAUCCAAAAAAGAAGCGCUCCAAAACAAAUUACACCAAUCUAUGAGGGAAAGUCAAACCUGUGGACACAUACUGAUCCUAUUCCAGCAAAAAAAGGACUAAGACAAGCCGCGCCUUUUCUCUUUGCACUUGGGGUGAUUUCAACAAUGUUCUGAACUUCACUGACAGAUUGGGGUCACCUGUAACAAUGAGGGAGGUCAUGCCUUUUAGGGAUUGUAUCAGGUGCAGGCGAUGCAUUUGUGGGAGGCUUUCUGAACAUUUUAGUUUCCGACUUGAAAUUAUUGAAGGAUGAAAAGCGGUUAAAAGAAGCUUUGUAUUUCGCAAACGCAUGUGGUGCUGUUACAGUUACAAAGAGAGGAGCGAUUCCCGGUUUACCAACAAAAGAUGAGGUCCUUCAAAUCUUGCAACAAGUGUUGAUUACAGAAAAAAUCUAGGUUACAUUCAUUUUUGAGUAACUUUUGUGUAUUUGAUGUAAUUCUAGGCUGAUAGUUUCCCCUUUUUUUAGGGUGCCACAUAUAUAACAUGUUCUUUUUGUUACAACUUCCAAUAGCUUUUUUCGGGUUUAAUUUGAUAGGUUUCCUCCUAUUUCAGACUGAACAGAAGUUGUUUAACUUGUAACAUUGUCGAGCUAAUUCUUUUAGCUUGUGUGAUUGUUGGUGUAUAACACCCCUUUCAGAAUAAAAAGGCGCUAUUCUUGUA